CGCCCCUCCCCUCCCCUCCCCUCCACUCUCAGCUGUGCACAGUCGGCCAUGUUGCCUCCCAGUGGUUGCUUCUUGCUUGCUUGCCUCCUGCUUGUUCCGGUAUCUCGGUAGAUUCCGUGUAGCUUACAGAAUGCGUUGCUGCUGCUUGAACGCAGUAACCAUUGCUUUCCAUAGGCCUACUGUCCUCUCCCAGUAAAGAGAGCAAGCUAGCGCAUACAUACACUUAUCGUAGCAUGUAAUGCUGGUGGAUUUUACAACUUGAUUUUUUUUCCGGACGUAUUUUGAGGACAUCGCCUUCGUAGCACGAUUUGUACUUCUAGUGUUUACCGUCCUUAUUUGAAUCACGCACUCGGAAAUAGAGGAGACGUCGCUGUUCAUGGAUAUUUGAGUUUUCUGGACUGCUUAUUAGCCAGUGUGCUCGCUGACCAGACGUUACUCCACGGAUUAGUAGCUGCCUAGCUAGCGCAAUCCCACAGCAGAACACAAUAUUUGCUACGGUUGCUAGCUUCAUAUCUACUUGGAUGUAACGUUAACAUUAGCUGACUAGCUGGUUGAUUUUCUUGACCAAGCGGCUUAUUUCCAGACGCGAAUCCCCCCCCCCCUUGAAACCAGGAAGAACCUUUAUUUUUGCUAAAUAUUCACAUCAGCAAACGUUAACGUUAUCCCGUUGAAGUUAUUUGUAAGGUAACGCUAGCUAUUCAUUUUUCUGCAGCGAAGGUCGGUCGAGUUGGAACCGAUUUAGACCGGCCUGAUGUAUUGAAUCUUCGGGUUUGAUUUUGGACUGCCUCAACACUCACAAAGAUCCGACAUUUUAAACACCAGCUUUUUUCUUUUUCCUUUUUAAAAGCUCAUGUGGGUCCCCAAAUCAAGCGCAGUUGAUUUUAUGAAAGGCAAGACCGUGACACGUUGAUGUGCUUCCUUUGUUGGAUUGCCAAUUGAUGGUAACGUUAACUAACGUUAAUUUGGGCUGGAUAUCAGUUCUGUAAUCUAUUUUCAGUUUGUUUAUUCAAUAAAUCAGUGCGUGCUGUUUUCGGAAUCAGCGAAUCAGGAAAUUGACUUAACCUUAGCGUGUUUAUAAAUUCUGACGUUUGGAAAACUUUUGCAGCCCAAUUUUUCACCUCUGUUGACAUGGACACGUACUUGUAAUGUGGGAUUCAACUUGUUGAUCUUUGUCUGCGUGGCUAGCUUUCUAGCUAGCUUGCUAGCUCUUUGGACCUUUUUUAUCCUUGGUCCUCGACCAAAUAAGGACAGUAAUAACCUCUACUGCUAAAUGUGUGUAUGAUUCUCAGACAUUUUUCUUCAUCCCCGGACCCCUUUUUGAAGAUCCCUGACCAAAAAUGACAACCCGGCCUCCGUUACUAACUGUCAUAGAAAACUCGUCAGGCCAGCCACACUCAGAUUCCAAAGCAGGAGGCCGUCCAAGCAUGCCACGCUGCCGGAACUCUGUUGCCACAUCAGCAGAUGACCCACAUAUCGGCAACUACCGGCUGCUGAAGACCAUCGGCAAGGGCAACUUUGCCAAGGUCAAGCUGGCCCGGCAUGUCCUGACGGGGAAAGAGGUGGCCGUGAAGAUCAUAGAUAAGACACAACUCAACUCUUCCAGUCUCCAAAAACUCUUCCGGGAAGUGAGAAUCAUGAAAGUUCUGAAUCACCCAAAUAUAGUGAAAUUGUUUGAGGUGAUCGAGACAGAGAAGACUCUGUAUCUGGUGAUGGAGUACGCCAGUGGAGGGGAAGUGUUUGAUUACCUUGUUGCCCAUGGGCGGAUGAAAGAGAAGGAAGCCCGUGCCAAGUUCAGACAGAUUGUCUCAGCAGUUCAAUACUGCCAUCAAAAGUGCAUUGUACACAGGGACCUAAAGGCGGAGAACCUGCUUCUGGAUGCGGACAUGAACAUAAAAAUCGCCGACUUCGGCUUCAGUAACGAGUUCACCGUGGGCAACAAGCUGGACACGUUCUGUGGCUCCCCGCCGUAUGCGGCCCCCGAGCUCUUCCAGGGGAAGAAGUACGACGGGCCCGAGGUGGACGUCUGGAGCCUGGGGGUCAUCCUCUACACGCUGGUCAGCGGCUCGCUCCCCUUCGACGGGCAAAACCUGAAGGAAUUGAGGGAGCGUGUUCUGAGAGGGAAAUAUCGUAUCCCCUUCUACAUGUCCACUGACUGCGAGAACCUGCUGAAGAAGUUCCUUAUCCUCAACCCCUCGAAGAGAGGCAGCCUGGAACAAAUUAUGAAGGACCGCUGGAUGAACGUCGGUUAUGAGGAGGAAGAGCUAAAGCCAUACCUUGAGCCUGUAGUCGACUAUAACGACUCCAAGAGGACAGAUAUGAUGGUACAGAUGGGCUUUUCCCUGGAGGAAAUCAAAGACUCUCUUCAAAACCAAAAAUAUAAUGAGGUUACAGCGACCUUCCUAUUGCUGGACUACAGAAACUCAGAGUUGGAUGAGAGUGUCAAUUUGUCAUCAAAGCCUCGCCCAGGAAGUGACCUCACGAACAGCAAUGCCCCGUCGCCACCUCACAAAGUACAGCGCAGUGUGUCGUCCUCCCAGAAGCCCCGGAGGUCAACAGAUCAGAGCUCGUACUCGAAGCGCGCCCAGGGCGACAACAAACACACCACUGAGGACACCGGGCGCAAGGGCUCCAGCAGCUCAGCUAAGGUGCCGCCCAGUCCUAUUAAUCCCAGUGACCACAAAAAAAGCUCGACCCCCUCCUCUAACUCGAUCCUGUCCACUGGCACAAGUCGCAGCAGAAACUCGCCCCUCGCCGAGAGGUCCACCCUUGGGGUCCACAAUGGCAAAGACAGCCUGAACACUCCCGGGUCCCGCGCCUCCACGGCUUCAGCUGCCGCUGUGCUCUCCUCCUCAUCCUCCUCUUCCUCACGUAUCCGACACCACAAGUCCCUGUCCACCUCCGCACACCCCUGCCCCACUGACCUGCACACACACCAGCGCCCCAGUGCCCCCCCACAAAGGGCUCCUGGUGCUUCCCCCUCGGCUCACAACAUCAGCAGCGCGGCGGCAGGGGACCGCACCAACUUCCCUCGAGGGGUGGCCAGCCGCAGCACCUUCCACGCGGGGCAGCAGCGGGGGGCGCGCGACCAGCAGGGCUCGCCCUAUCACGGGCAGCCGGCCUCACCGUCCCUCUCCCACGGCAACAGCCAGCAGAGGAGGCCUGCCGCCUCGGGCAUCUUCAGCAAGUUCACCUCCAAGUUUGUGCGCAGAAAUCUGUCAUUCAGAUUCCCCAGAAGGUCCAUGCUGAGCAGCACGGUGGAUAAGUCUGAGAAGGGAGGAGGAGGAGGAGGAGGAGGAGGAGGAGGAGGAGGGGGCGGCACUCUGGGCUCCGGGGGCGACGAGAACAAGGACUCCAUCAGCUCGUCCUCCCCGGGCAGCGGCACCCCCCCGCCGGCCUCCACGCUGGCGCCCGCGGCACCGCCGCCCUCCUCGGUGGGCGGUCCGCCCGGCACCAUCAGGGACGCCACCAAGCCGCGCGCGCUGCGCUUCACCUGGAGCAUGAAGACCACGUCGUCCAUGGAGCCCGGCGAGAUGAUGAAGGAGAUCCGCAAGGUGCUGGACGCCAACAGCUGCGAGUACGAGCUGCGCGAGCGCUUCAUGCUGCUGUGUGUGGCGGGCAACCCGGCGCGCGACGACUUCGUCCAGUGGGAGAUGGAGGUGUGCAAGCUGCCGCGCCUCUCCCUCAACGGCGUGCGCUUCAAGCGGAUCUCGGGCACUUCCAUCGCUUUCAAGAACAUUGCCUCCAAGGUCGCCAACGAGCUCAAGCUGUGAGGGAGGAGCAGGGUGGUGGAGGGAGGUCAGGAAGAGAGGGAGGUGAGGGAGGGAGGGAGGGAGAGAUAGAGAGAUAGAAAGAGGUUGUUUGAUGCCAGGGUGGAUAGGAAAGACUGAACAAGGAGGAUGUGAAGAUGAGUGGAAGAUGUGAUUAGCACUGCUGUUGCACAGAGAGGUCGAGUGCAGCAGCCUUCUCUGUGGUUAUGGUGUGUGAGUAGGUUAAAGACCCCAUCUGAAGCAGCAGUCAAAGAAAAAGAAUGAUUGUGGUGGGUCCUUAAAAUCCUUCCAAAAAAAAAAAAAAAUCAUCCUUUUCCCUGUUCACUUUUUCUUUGAGCCCCUCAGAAAUGAAUUUGUAUAUUUUUCCUCAUUUCCGCAAAUAGUUUUCAUUGAGCCCAGGCCUGCGCUUGGGCGGAGAAUCACUACAUCAGUGUUGUAGGGUGAGUGGGAGGAGGGGA